AAAACACUAUACUACAUCGCACGUUUCUAACCUGUCGAAUACUAUAUAUUUUUUUAUUAGUAUUUUUAACCGGGAUAUUUCGACUGACUAGAGAUAUUCGACGCUGAACGAUUAUGUUUCAUGAACUAGGCGUAUUAUUAUCAGAGUGGACCUCCGGUCGACGUGUAGAACACUGGGUCGUUAUGCGUUUUAUUUUUUCAAUCCAGUUGACUAAAUAAUCGAUAUCCUGUGUAUGGCAACAUGGGCUGAUAACUAUCGAUUAGAGACUCUUAUUGUGAAGGUUCCAUUGUUUCCGGUCAUACGGCUUACUUGACAGUUUCAUCAGACGACUGUUGGCUAUCUUUAGUUCAAGACUCUCCGACUCGAGCAUGAAUAAGGACACAGAGAUCGACAUGAAGGAAGUGGAGCUCCGGGAGCUGGAUCCCGAGAAGCAGCCCAUGACGGCCGAUGGCCAGGCGGCAGGCGGGGAGAAAAAUGGCACCGUCAAGGUCAAGGUCCCCGACGACGGGGUUGCGUUCACCGGCCUGUCCAAAGAGGAGCUGAUGGAGGUGGCUGGCACUCCAGGAUGGGUGCGAACCCGCUGGGUGCUUCUUGUCCUCUUUUGGCUGGGCUGGGUCGGUAUGUUGGCCGGAGCCAUUGCGAUCAUAGUCCAGGCCCCCCGCUGCAAACCCAUCCCCGAUAUGAACUGGUGGAACGAAGGACCCCUGUACCAGAUCUCUGACCUCGUGGCUUUCUCUGAUGGAAUGGAAGGCGUUGAGGCAAAGUUGGACGCCAUGAACCAGUUGAAGGUGAAAGGCCUGGUUCUCGGCCCUCUUCACACCGUCCAGCCAGACCAGCCGAACACCCUGGAUCUUCAAGCAAUGAAUCCAACCCAGGGAAAAGAGAAACAGCUGGUAGCUGUGCUGGAAAAGGCCCACAAGAAGGGCAUGUCUGUGGUGCUUGACCUGACUCCAAACUACCCAGCAGCAGCUCCCUGGUUCAGCACUAGUGAUACUGGUGACGUGAUGGAGAAACUCCAGGCUGCAGCAAAACAUUGGCUGAGUUUGGGCAUCGAUGGCAUCAAGGUACCUGACCUGUCUGUUGCCUCCAACUCUCUCGAAUGGUCAAAACUGCAAGAUGUUGUCCAGGGCAACCACACUGAGGGCACUAAAAAGAGGGUCUUGAUGGGUGUCACCGUGGGUGCUUCGGCUGCAGAGGUGUCUCAGCUCGUCAAUAUCUCUGGUGUAGAUCUCGUCCUUUCUGACCUGCUCAGCAGCAAAAAUGGAGGUGUGGAGCGCAUCCAGGCCAUGGACACACUUCACCCUCAGCAGAGAAGUCUUGCCUGGGGCCUAGGUGCCGUCCAACAGGACCAGCUGUCUAGACUAGCAAACACCCCGGCCCUGCUCCGUCUCUACCAGCUCCUGUUGUUCACCAUGCCUGGAACCCCAGUGUUCACCUAUGGAGAUGAGAUUGGCCUUCAGGCGGCACCGGGAGAAAAACAUCCUAAGAUGGUUUGGGACAUCGAGAAGGAACCUGCAGAAGGAGAAGCAGUUGAUGCAGCAGCUGAGGCUGAGAGGAAAGAACAAGUAGCUGUCAGGAAGUGGUUUAAAUCCCUCAGUGACCUGCGAGGCAAAGAGCGCUCUCUCCUCCACGGCGACUAUUACCCCCUCUACUCCUCCGCCUCCUCGCUCGCUUUCCUCCGCCUGUGGGACCAGAGCGACAGAUACAUAACGGCUGUCAACUGGGGAGCAGCACCUGAGACACUCAAACUCUCACUGGCACCUACAGAGGGAGUAGAGUUACCAGAGACGGCCACGGUGAAGCUGUCGGCUGGCACCAACUCCACAUCCGAUGCCACAGAAGACUCCACAGUCAGCCUGGACAAAAUCACUUUAGGACCUGGACAAGCCAUCCUGCUGAAGUUCCCCUAUACGGGCUAAAGAUGGCGCCAAAACCUUAGGAAAGCCAGCUACAGAUUAGCGUUGUUAAAAGAAAUUUAAGACAGUCGCAGUCCUUAAGAAUAAGUUGGCAUAAUCAAAAGAAACGGGACAUUUCUCUUCUCUACCAUAAUAAUCGGGUUAUUUAGCCUGAACAGACAAAAAUUGCCUCAAAGAAAAUAUGCAAUACAUUCGCAGAAUGCUGGUCAGUAAAACUCUUGGAUUGUUUUAUCUUCUCCUUUGCUCUAGGAGAAGAUGAAGCCACAUGACAUAUUCACUCAUUAAUUGAGCAUUUUGUUCAUUCAUGAUUUUAUUGUUGACCAUCUGACAUUGUCCAGAUGGGUGAAAAACAUUCCAUUCUUGUUCUUUGGGCAUUUUUUUUAGCAGUUCUUGGUUUGUUUGUUUUGUUUUUAUUCUAACUUUUUAAGAAAUUCUGUUUUUAUGACAUUUGUCUUUGAUUUUUUUUUUCUUUUUACCGGAAGGCACGAAGGAAAAACAAGUUAACGUUGAACACGUCUGGUGCCUGAGUUUGAAGUAUAUUGAGAUUGCGAGAAAAAAAUAGUUGCAAAUGGCUUGAAGUCUGACACGUGAACUGAGUUUGGAAAUGAAUAAAAAGUUCUGUACCGAC